AUGGAUCCUCUCGGCGGUGCUCACGGGCAGUCUGCUCUUUUCAAUAUCAAUGGGUUGCUCGAUGUCUGGCACACAAACCGGACUCCGAUUAUUUUAGUCGCAUUUUGCGGCCUUCUUCUGCUUCGCCUCUAUCUCCACGUAUACGAAGAAAAGUCCGACCUCAAGACGAUUCCCAAACUCUACGAGAAAGUAGCCACUCAAAAGCCAGACAAUGUGUCCCAGCGAGACAUACAAGCAAAGGCUGCCAUCAAGACUGCUGGGCCGCGCAGAAUCAAGGGAGGCAUGGCCAAGAAACCCGAGACCAGCGAAGAACCAAUCGAUCUGACCAAGCCCGUCAAAAUUCUCGUCUUCUUCUCGUCCAUCACCACAAAAACGGAGAAAAUUGGCCAGGACUACAUUGCGAAGCUUGAGAAAUCGGUCGCACAGCUUGCCGCCGACACCCAGCGCCAGGUUCUCGCGCCCGAGCUUCUUGACUUGACUGAGAUUGACUUUGAUGACUAUUUCAUUGCGCCCCCCAAGAGCGACGACGGCGCGCAGUUCCUCUACCUCUUCCUGAUCCCCAGCUACAACAUUGACUCCAUCAACGACACAUUUCUCGAGCAUCUCCAAGAAACGCACCACGAUUUUCGAAUUGAUACUGCGCCGCUCUCGACGCUUCUGGGAUACUCUGUGUUUGGAUUUGGUGAUCGCGAAGGCUGGCCUGACGAGGCUGAAGGUUACUGUUUCCAGGCCAAGGAAUUGGACAAGUGGAUGGCAAAGCUGACUGCGCGCAAGCGAGCCUACCCCGUUGGCAUGGGCGAUAUGAAGAGUGACGACGCCGAGCGCUUCGCCGAAUGGACGGGCGGCGUCGAAGAAGUCUUUGGUCAAAUCAUUCGCACUGGAUACCUUGGCCAAGGUGUGGCUGGCAGCGGUGCGGCUGUGGAAAGCGAUGACGAGGUGGAGGAGGAGGACUACGACGAUGGCGAAGUUGUCUUUGACGACGAGAAACCCGCAAAGCGCGAAAACGGUAAAAAGUCCAGUAGCCUUGAUGACGUGGAAGACUUGGGCCGCGUGAUCAAGUCGCAAGGUGGUGAUGCUAAUCCCAAGGCACCCAUCGCCGUCGACUUUACCACAUAUAACAACUCCAAGGCUAGUUCCCAGAGCAAGCCCAAGGAGAUGGUCGCGAAGAAUUCUCCUACUUAUGCUGCCCUCACAAAGCAAGGAUACGCCAUUGUUGGAUCGCAUUCUGGUGUCAAAAUUUGCCGAUGGACCAAAUCUGCGCUGCGCGGCCGUGGCAGUUGCUACAAGUACUCCCUCUAUGGCAUCAACUCUCACCAGUGCAUGGAAACGACGCCAUCGCUCUCGUGCUCCAACAAGUGCGUUUUCUGCUGGCGUCACGGCACCAACCCCGUAGGCACCACCUGGCGCUGGGUGGUUGACCCGCCAGAGAUGAUCUUUGACGGUGUCAAGGAGGGCCACUACAAGAAGAUUAAAAUGAUGCGCGGUGUGCCAGGUGUUCGCGCUGAGCGUUUCGCUGAAGCGCUCAAGAUCCGCCAUUGUGCACUCUCUUUGGUCGGCGAGCCCAUCUUCUACCCCUACAUCAACGAGUUCCUUGGUAUGCUGCACAAGGAGCGCAUCUCCUCGUUCCUCGUGUGCAACGCACAGCAUCCAGACCAGCUGGCUGAUCUCAAGGCUGUGACGCAGCUCUACGUCUCCAUCGAUGCCUCCAACAAGGAAUCGCUCCGCAAGAUUGACCGUCCCCUCCAUCGUGACUUUUGGGAGCGUUUCAACCGCUGCCUGGACAUUCUCCGCGAGAAGCGCUUCCGCCAUCGCACCGUCUUCCGUCUGACCCUCGUCAAGGGCUUCAACGUCGAGGACGAGGUCGAGGGCUACGCUCGACUUAUUGAGCAGGGCCUGCCCUGCUUCGUCGAGAUCAAGGGCGUCACGUACUGCGGCACGUCGACGUCGUCCAACGCCGGCCUCAGCAUGUCCAACGUGCCCUUUUACUGGGAGGUCUGCGAGUUUGUGCGCGCGCUGGACACGCGCCUCCAGGAAAAGGGCCUCGCCUACGGCAUCGCCGCCGAGCACGCCCACAGCUGCUGCGUCCUGCUGGCCAGCGAGCGCUUCCACGUCGACGGCAAGUGGCACACGCACAUUGACUACGACCGCUUCUUUGAGCUGCUCGAGGAGCGCGGCCCCGACGGCGACUGGACGCCCGAGGACUACAUGGGCCCGCCGACGCCGGAGUGGGCGCUCUGGGGCAAUGGAGGAUUCGACCCGCGCGAUGAGCGCGUGGACCGCAAGGGGAGGAAGAAGGAAGCCAUUGUUAUUCGGGAGGCUCCAGAGUAA